GAGAAACUGUGGAUCCCUGUGUGUUGUUGUGAUGAGGUUAAAACGUUUAAGCAUAAAAAGGAAGAUAAUGAUGAACGGCAAAUCAAAAUACGACACGAAAUGCGUGGUGUCAUGACAAAACCUAGGGAAAUCUUUUUCCUUUGA